AAUGUCAAAAUACAUGUGCGCGUGUAGCUGUGAUUACAUUUUGUUGUGAACUCUGAAAGCCUGGUUUACCGAAUAAAACCCCGUAAAAAGUAAUAUUGAUCAACAAAUCACACUGAAACGAUGAAGAACCAACCCCAUCGGCAUAAAGAUGACAACGUCUUUAAGUUCAAAUCGUUCAAUGACAUCGUUUCGACCAUAAAUCUUCGCCAAAAUGCGUUGUAUCAAGUCCAAGAUCCAAAUGUGGAAAAUGAAGAAGACGAAACGAAUUUCCGUCAGUCAUAUCUGAAAUGGACGGUUGACAAUUUAUCGGAGGAAUUCAAAAUCUUCCAGAAGCGAAUUAGCGGUCUGGUUACAUUGGAACAGUUGCUGAAUUCCAAGGACUUUGUAGUCGAAUUGCUGCUGGAAUCGUUGAAAAUGCAACCACAUUAUCACUGCAGCCACUGUUGGACUUCGUCACAUCCAUGGCAAAAGAUUUGCGUCAAGAGUUUUACGUCUACUUUCCGCAGUUCCUGACAACGUUAAUUCAAUU